AUGUCUGCACGGCAUCUUGCUCAGAAGCAUCGGCUCGAAAUGCAGCAGUCACCUGUUGGACUCGGAAUUCAGCAGUCACCUGUUGGACUCGGAAUGCAGCAGUCACCUGUUGGACUCGGAAUGCAGCAGUCACCUGUUGGACUCCGAAUGCAGCAGUCACCUGCUGGACUCGGAAUGCAGCAGUCACCUGCUGGACUCGGAAUGCAGCAGUCACCUGCUGGACUCGGAAUGCAGCAGUCACCUGCUGGACUCGGAAUGCAGCAGUCACCUGCUGGACUCGGAAUGCAGCAGUCACCUGCUGGACUCGGAAUGCAGCAGUCACCUGCUGGACUCGGAAUGCAGCAGUCACCUGCUGGACUCGGAAUGCAGCAGUCACCUGCUGGACUCGGAAUGCAGCAGUCACCUGCUGGACUCGGAAUGCAGCAGUCACCUGCUGGACUCGGAAUGCAGCAGUCACCUGCUGGACUCGGAAUGCAGCAGUCACCUGCUGGACUCGGAAUGCAGCAGUCACCUGCUGGACUCGGAAUGCAGCAGUCACCUGCUGGACUCGGAAUGCAGCAGUCACCUGCUGGACUCGGAAUGCAGCAGUCACCUGCUGGACUCGGAAUGCAGCAGUCACCUGCUGGACUCGGAAUGCAGCAGUCACCUGCUGGACUCGGAAUGCAGCAGUCACCUGCUGGACUCGGAAUGCAGCAGUCACCUGCUGGACUCGGAAUGCAGCAGUCACCUGCUGGACUCGGAAUGCAGCAGUCACCUGCUGGACUCGGAAUGCAGCAGUCACCUGCUGGACUCGGAAUGCAGCAGUCACCUGCUGGACUCGGAAUGCAGCAGUCACCUGCUGGACUCGGAAUGCAGCAGUCACCUGCUGGACUCGGAAUGCAGCAGUCACCUGCUGGACUCGGAAUGCAGCAGUCACCUGCUGGACUCGGAAUGCAGCAGUCACCUGCUGGACUCGGAAUGCAGCAGUCACCUGCUGGACUCGGAAUGCAGCAGUCACCUGCUGGACUCGGAAUGCAGCAGUCACCUGCUGGACUCGGAAUGCAGCAGUCACCUGCUGGACUCGGAAUGCAGCAGUCACCUGCUGGACUCGGAAUGCAGCAGUCACCUGCUGGACUCGGAAUGCAGCAGUCACCUGCUGGACUCGGAAUGCAGCAGUCACCUGCUGGACUCGGAAUGCAGCAGUCACCUGCUGGACUCGGAAUGCAGCAGUCACCUGCUGGACUCGGAAUGCAGCAGUCACCUGCUGGACUCGGAAUGCAGCAGUCACCUGCUGGACUCGGAAUGCAGCAGUCACCUGCUGGACUCGGAAUGCAGCAGUCACCUGCUGGACUCGGAAUGCAGCAGUCACCUGCUGGACUUGGAAUGCAGCAGUCAUCUGCUGGACUCGGAAUGCAGCAGUCACCUGCUGGACUCGGAAUGCAGCAGUCACCUGCUGGACUCGGAAUGCAGCAGUCACCUGCUGGACUCGGAAUGCAGCAGUCACCUGUUGGACUCGGAAUGCAGCAGUCACUUGAUGGACUCGGAAUGCAGCAGUCACCUGCUGGACUCGGAAUGCAGCAGUCACCUGUUGGACUCGGAAUGCAGCAGUCACCUGUUGGACUCGGAAUGCAGCAGUCACCUGUUGGACUCGGAAUGCAGCAGUCACCUGUUGGACUCGGAAUGCAGCAGUCACCUGUUGGACUCGGAAUGCAGCAGUCACAUGUUGGACUCGGAAUGCAGCAGUCACCUGCUGGACUCGGAAUGCAGCAGUCACCUGCUGGACUCGGAAUGCAGCAGUCACCUGUCGGACUCGGAAUGCAGCAGUCACCUGUCGGACUCGGAAUGCAGCAGUCACCUGCUGGAAUCGGAAUGCAGCAGUCACCUGCUGGACUCGGAAUGCAGCAGUCACCUGCUGGACUCCGAAUGCAUCAGUCACCUGCUGGAGUCGGAAUGCAUCAGUCACCUGCUGGACUCCGAAUGCAGCAGUCACCUGUCGGACUCGGAAUGCAGCAGUCACCUGUUGGACUCGGAAUGCAGCAGUCACCUGCUGGACUCGGAAUGCAGCAGUCACCUGCUGGACUCGGAAUGCAGCAGUCACCUGCUGGACUCGGAAUGCAGCAGUCACCUGCUGGACUCGGAAUGCAGCAGUCACCUGCUGGACUCGGAAUGCAGCAGUCACCUGUUGGACUCGGAAUGCAGCAGUCACCUGCUGGACUCCGAAUGCAGCAGUCACCUGCUGGACUCGGAAUGCAGCAGUCACCUGCUGGACUCGGAAUGCAGCAGUCACCUGCUGGACUCGGAAUGCAGCAGUCACCUGCUGGACUCGGAAUGCAGCAGUCACCUGCUGGACUCGGAAUGCAGCAGUCACCUGCUGGACUCGGAAUGCAGCAGUCACCUGCUGGACUCGGAAUGCAGCAGUCACCUGCUGGACUCGGAAUGCAGCAGUCACCUGCUGGACUCGGAAUGCAGCAGUCACCUGCUGGACUCGGAAUGCAGCAGUCACCUGCUGGACUCGGAAUGCAGCAGUCACCUGCUGGACUCGGAAUGCAGCAGUCACCUGCUGGACUCGGAAUGCAGCAGUCACCUGCUGGACUCGGAAUGCAGCAGUCACCUGCUGGACUCGGAAUGCAGCAGUCACCUGCUGGACUCGGAAUGCAGCAGUCACCUGCUGGACUCGGAAUGCAGCAGUCACCUGCUGGACUCGGAAUGCAGCAGUCACCUGCUGGACUCGGAAUGCAGCAGUCACCUGCUGGACUCGGAAUGCAGCAGUCACCUGCUGGACUCGGAAUGCAGCAGUCACCUGCUGGACUCGGAAUGCAGCAGUCACCUGCUGGACUCGGAAUGCAGCAGUCACCUGCUGGACUCGGAAUGCAGCAGUCACCUGCUGGACUCGGAAUGCAGCAGUCACCUGCUGGACUCGGAAUGCAGCAGUCACCUGCUGGACUCGGAAUGCAGCAGUCACCUGCUGGACUCGGAAUGCAGCAGUCACCUGCUGGACUCGGAAUGCAGCAGUCACCUGCUGGACUCGGAAUGCAGCAGUCACCUGCUGGACUCGGAAUGCAGCAGUCACCUGCUGGACUCGGAAUGCAGCAGUCACCUGCUGGACUCGGAAUGCAGCAGUCACCUGCUGGACUCGGAAUGCAGCAGUCACCUGCUGGACUCGGAAUGCAGCAGUCACCUGCUGGACUCGGAAUGCAGCAGUCACCUGCUGGACUCGGAAUGCAGCAGUCACCUGCUGGACUCGGAAUGCAGCAGUCACCUGCUGGACUCGGAAUGCAGCAGUCACCUGCUGGACUCGGAAUGCAGCAGUCACCUGCUGGACUCGGAAUGCAGCAGUCACCUGCUGGACUCGGAAUGCAGCAGUCACCUGCUGGACUCGGAAUGCAGCAGUCACCUGCUGGACUCGGAAUGCAGCAGUCACCUGCUGGACUCGGAAUGCAGCAGUCACCUGCUGGACUCGGAAUGCAGCAGUCACCUGCUGGACUCGGAAUGCAGCAGUCACCUGCUGGACUCGGAAUGCAGCAGUCACCUGCUGGACUCGGAAUGCAGCAGUCACCUGCUGGACUCGGAAUGCAGCAGUCACCUGCUGGACUCGGAAUGCAGCAGUCACCUGCUGGACUCGGAAUGCAGCAGUCACCUGCUGGACUCGGAAUGCAGCAGUCACCUGCUGGACUCGGAAUGCAGCAGUCACCUGCUGGACUCGGAAUGCAGCAGUCACCUGCUGGACUCGGAAUGCAGCAGUCACCUGCUGGACUCGGAAUGCAGCAGUCACCUGCUGGACUCGGAAUGCAGCAGUCACCUGCUGGACUCGGAAUGCAGCAGUCACCUGCUGGACUCGGAAUGCAGCAGUCACCUGCUGGACUCGGAAUGCAGCAGUCACCUGCUGGACUCGGAAUGCAGCAGUCACCUGCUGGACUCGGAAUGCAGCAGUCACCUGCUGGACUCGGAAUGCAGCAGUCACCUGCUGGACUCGGAAUGCAGCAGUCACCUGCUGGACUCGGAAUGCAGCAGUCACCUGCUGGACUCGGAAUGCAGCAGUCACCUGCUGGACUCGGAAUGCAGCAGUCACCUGCUGGACUCGGAAUGCAGCAGUCACCUGCUGGACUCGGAAUGCAGCAGUCACCUGCUGGACUCGGAAUGCAGCAGUCACCUGCUGGACUCGGAAUGCAGCAGUCACCUGCUGGACUUGGAAUGCAGCAGUCAUCUGCUGGACUCGGAAUGCAGCAGUCACCUGCUGGACUCGGAAUGCAGCAGUCACCUGCUGGACUCGGAAUGCAGCAGUCACCUGCUGGACUCGGAAUGCAGCAGUCACCUGUUGGACUCGGAAUGCAGCAGUCACUUGAUGGACUCGGAAUGCAGCAGUCACCUGCUGGACUCGGAAUGCAGCAGUCACCUGUUCGACUCGGAAUGCAGCAGUCACCUGUUGGACUCGGAAUGCAGCAGUCACCUGUUGGACUCGGAAUGCAGCAGUCACCUGUUGGACUCGGAAUGCAGCAGUCACCUGUUGGACUCGGAAUGCAGCAGUCACAUGUUGGACUCGGAAUGCAGCAGUCACCUGCUGGACUCGGAAUGCAGCAGUCACCUGCUGGACUCGGAAUGCAGCAGUCACCUGUCGGACUCGGAAUGCAGCAGUCACCUGUCGGACUCGGAAUGCAGCAGUCACCUGCUGGAAUCGGAAUGCAGCAGUCACCUGCUGGACUCGGAAUGCAGCAGUCACCUGCUGGACUCCGAAUGCAUCAGUCACCUGCUGGACUCGGAAUGCAUCAGUCACCUGCUGGACUCCGAAUGCAGCAGUCACCUGUCGGACGCGGAAUGCAGCAGUCACCUGUUGGACUCGGAAUGCAGCAGUCACCUGCUGGACUCGGAAUGCAGCAGUCACCUGCUGGACUCGGAAUGCAGCAGUCACCUGCUGGACUCGGAAUGCAGCAGUCACCUGCUGGACUCGGAAUGCAGCAGUCACCUGCUGGACUCGGAAUGCAGCAGUCACCUGUUGGACUCGGAAUGCAGCAGUCACCUGCUGGACUCCGAAUGCAGCAGUCACCUGCUGGACUCGGAAUGCAGCAGUCACCUGCUGGACUCGGAAUGCAGCAGUCACCUGCUGGACUCGGAAUGCAGCAGUCACCUGCUGGACUCGGAAUGCAGCAGUCACCUGUUGGACUCGGAAUGCAGCAGUCACCUGUUGGACUCGGAAUGCAGCAGUCACCUGUUGGACUCGGAAUGCAGCAGUCACCUGUUGGACUCGGAAUGCUGCAGUCACCUGUUGGACUCGGAAUGCAGCAGUCACCUGUUGGACUCCGAAUGCAGCAGUCACCUGUUGGACUCGGAAUGCAGCAGUCACCUGCUGGACUCGGAAUGCAGCAGUCACCUGCUGGACUCCGAAUGCAGCAGUCACCUGCUCGACUCCGAAUGCAGCAGUCACCUGUUGGACUCCGAAUGCAGCAGUCACCUGCUGGACUCCGAAUGCAGCAGUCACCUGUUGGACUCGGAAUGCAGCAGUCACCUGUUGGACUCGGAAUGCAGCAGUCACCUGUUGGACUCGGAAUGCAGCAGUCACCUGUUGGACUCCGAAUGCAGCAGUCAUCUGGUGGACUCGGAAUGCAGCAGUCACCUGCUGGACUCGGAAUGCAGCAGUCACCUGCUGGACUCGGAAUGCAGCAGUCACGAGUUGGACUCGGAAUGCAGCAGUCACCUGUUGGACUCGGAAUGCAGCAGUCACCUGGUGGACUCGGAAUGCAGCAGUCACCUGCUGGACUCGGAAUGCAGCAGUCACCUGUUGGACUCGGAAUGCAGCAGUCACCUGUUGGACUCGGAAUGCAGCAGUCACCUGCUGGACUCGAAAUGCAGCAGUCACCCGCUGGACUCGGAAUGCAGCAGUCACCUGCUGGACUCGGAAUGCAGCAUUCACCUGCUGGACUCGAAAUGCAGCAGUCACCUGCUGGACUCGAAAUGCAGCAGUCACCUGCUGGACUCGGAAUGCAGCAGUCACCUGCUGGACUCGGAAUGCAGCAGUCACCUGCUGGACUCGGAAUGCAGCAGUCACCUGCUGGACUCGGAACGCAGAAGUCACCUGCUGGACUCGGAAUGCAGCAGUCACCUGCUGGACUCGGAAUGCAGCAGUCACCUGUUGGACUCGGAAUGCAGCAGUCACCUGUUGGACUCGGAAUGCAGCAGUCACCUGCUGGACUCGGAAUGCAGCAGUCACCUGCUGGACUCGGAAUGCAGCAGUCACCUGCUGGACUCGGAAUGCAGCAGUCACCUGUUGGACUCGGAAUGCAGCAGUCACCUGUUGGACUCGGAAUGCAGCAGUCACCUGUUGGACUCGGAAUGCAGCAGUCACCUGUUGGACUCGGAAUGCAGCAGACACAAGCUGGACUCGGAAUGCAGCAGUCACCAGCUGGACUCGGAAUGCAGCAGUCACCUGUUGGACUCGGAAUGCAGCAGUCACCUGCUGGACUCGGAAUGCAGCAGUCACCUGCUGGACUCGGAAUGCAGCAGUCACCUGCUGGACUCGGAAUGCAGCAGUCACCUGUUGGACUCGGAAUGCAGCAGUCACCUGUUGGACUCGGAAUGCAGCAGUCACCUGUUGGACUCGGAAUGCAGCAGUCACCUGUUGGACUCGGAAUGCAGCAGACACAAGCUGGACUCGGAAUGCAGCAGUCACCAGCUGGACUCGGAAUGCAGCAGUCACCUGUUGGACUCGGAAUGCAGCAGUCACCUGCUGGACUCGGAAUGCAGCAGUCACCUGCUGGACUCGGAAUGCAGCAGUCACCUGUUGGACUCGGAAUGCAGCACUCACCUACUGGACUCGGAAUGCAGCACUCACCUGCUGGACUCGGAAUGCAGCACUCACCUGCUGGACUCGGAAUGCAGCACUCACCUGCUGGACUCGGAAUGCAGCAGUCACCUGCUGGACUCGGAAUGCAGCAGUCACCUGCUGGACUCGGAAUGCAGCAGUCACCUGCUGGACUCGUAAUGCAGCAGUCACCUGCUGGACUCGGAAUGCAGCAGUCACCUGCUGGACUCGGAAUGCAGCAGUCACCUGUUGGACUCGGAAUGCAGAAGUCACCUGUUGGACUCGUAAUGCAGCAGUCACCUGUUGGACUCGGAAUGCAGCAGUCACCUGCUGGACUCGGAAUGCAACAGUCACCUGUUGGACUCGGAAUACAGCAGUCACCUGUUGGACUCGGAAUGCAGCAGUCACCUGUUGGACUCGAAAUGCAGCAGUCACCUGUUGGACUCGGAAUGCAGCAGUCACCUUUUGGACUCGGAAUGCAGCAGUCACCUGCUGGACUCGGAAUGCAGCAGACACAAGCUGGACUCGGAAUGCAGCAGACACAAGCUGGACUCGGAAUGCAGCAGUCACCAGCUGGACUCGGAAUGCAGCAGUCACCUGUUGGACUCGGAAUGCAGCAGUCACCUGUUGGACUCGGAAUGCAGCAGUCACCUGUUGGACUCGGAAUGCAGCAGUCACCUGCUGGACUCGGAAUGCAGCAGUCACCUGCUGGACUCGGAAUGCAGCAGUCACCUGUUGGACUCGGAAUGCAGCAGUCACCUUCACCUGUUGGACUCGGAAUGCAGCAGUCACCUGUUGGACUCGGAAUGCAGCAGUCACCUGUUGGACUCGGAAUGAAGCAGUCACCUGUUGGACUCGGAAUGCAGCAGUCACCUGUUGGACUCGGAAUGCAGCAGUCACCUGUUGGACUCGGAAUGCAGCAGUCACCUGCUGGACUCGGAAUGCAGCAGUCACCUGCUGGACUCGGAAUGCAGCAGUCACCUGCUGGACUCGGAAUGCAGCAGUCACCUGCUGGACUCGGAAUGCAGCAGUCACCUGUUGGACUCGGAAUGCAGCAGUCACCUGCUGGACUCGGAAUGCAGCAGUCACCUGCUGGACUCGGAAUGCAGCAGUCACCUGCUGGACUCGGAAUGCAGCAGUCACCUGUUGGACUCGGAAUGCAGCAGUCACCUGCUGGACUCGGAAUGCAGCAGUCACCUGUUGGACUCGGAAUGCAGCAGUCACCUGUUGGACUCGGAAUGCAGCAGUCACCUGCUGGACUCGGAAUGCAGCAGUCACCUGCUGGACUCGGAAUGCAGCAGUCACCUGUUCGACUCGGAAUGCAGCAGUCACCUGCUGGACUCGGAAUGCAGCAGUCACCUGCUGGACUCGUAAUGCAGCAGUCACCUGCUGGACUCGGAAUGCAGCAGUCACCUGCUGGACUCGGAAUGCAGCAGUCACCUGUUGGACUCGGAAUGCAGAAGUCACCUGUUGGACUCGUAAUGCAGCAGUCACCUGUUGGACUCGGAAUGCAGCAGUCACCUGCUGGACUCGGAAUGCAACAGUCACCUGUUGGACUCGGAAUACAGCAGUCACCUGUUGGACUCGGAAUGCAGCAGUCACCUGUUGGACUCGAAAUGCAGCAGUCACCUGUUGGACUCGGAAUGCAGCAGUCACCUUUUGGACUCGGAAUGCAGCAGUCACCUGCUGGACUCGGAAUGCAGCAGACACAAGCUGGACUCGGAAUGCAGCAGACACAAGCUGGACUCGGAAUGCAGCAGUCACCAGCUGGACUCGGAAUGCAGCAGUCACCUGUUGGACUCGGAAUGCAGCAGUCACCUGUUGGACUCGGAAUGCAGCAGUCACCUGUUGGACUCGGAAUGCAGCAGUCACCUGCUGGACUCGGAAUGCAGCAGUCACCUGCUGGACUCGGAAUGCAGCAGUCACCUGUUGGACUCGGAAUGCAGCAGUCACCUGUUGGACUCGGAAUGCAGCAGUCACCUGCUGGACUCGGAAUGCAGCAGUCACCUGCUGGACUCGGAAUGCAGCAGUCACCUGCUGGACUCGGAAUGCAGUAG